AUGCCGCAGAACGUGGUCCUCCCCGGGCCGGCCCCUUGGGGAUUCCGGCUGGCAGGCGGCCUCGAUUUUAACCAGCCGCUCAUCAUAUCCAGGAUUACUCCAGGAAGCAAAGCUUCGCAAGCCAAUUUGUGUCCUGGUGAUGUCAUUAUUGCUAUUGAUGGCUAUGGCACAGAGAACAUGACUCACAACGAUGCACAGGAGAGAAUUAAAACAGCAUCGCACCAGCUGUGUCUGAAAAUUGAAAGGGCAGAAACAAAAUUGUGGUCUCCGCAAAUAAGUGAAGAUGGCAAGCCCCAUCCAUUCAAAGUAAACUUGGAAGCUGAACCCCAGGACUUGGGCUACUUUGAACACAAGCAUAAUAUUCGUCCCAAACCUUUCAUAGUCUCAGGCCAGAGCAGCCUUUGCAGUACUCCUUCUGGUAUUGACGGCGGCAGUGGACGUAGCACACCCUCUUCAGUUAGCACUGUUAGCACUAUCUGCCCUACUGAGUUGAAAGCGGCGGCUAAGAUGGCCCCCAACAUUCCCUUAGAAAUGGAACUUCCCGGUGUCAAGAUUGUACAUGCUCAGUUUAACACACCUAUGCAGAUGUAUUCAGAUGACAAUAUUAUGGAAACGCUGCAGGGUCAGGUUUCUACAGCACUGGGGGAGAUUCCUCCAAUCAGUGACCCAGUACCAACGUCAGUGCCCAACUCUGAUGUUUAUAGGAUGCUGCAUGAUAACCAGGAAGUAUCGAAUCAACCACGUCAGUCUGGUUCCUUUAAGAUUCUCCAGGAUAUGGUCUCUGACGAAUCUGAUGGACGGCCAACUGGUACAAGGAGUGUGAGAGCUCCACUCACAAAGGCCUCUGCCGGUGCAGGAAGUGUUCCAAAGGUUCCCUUGUGUGACAAGUGUGGAAAUGGAAUUGUUGGCCCAGUCGUCAAGGCACGUGAUAAGUACCGGCACCCGGAAUGUUUUGUCUGCUCAGAUUGCAACCUCAACUUGAAGCAGAAAGGUUACUUCUUCGUGGAGGGGCAGUUAUACUGUGAAACUCAUGCCCGAUCCCGCAUGAGGCCACCAGAGGGAUAUGAAGCGGUCACGGUUUAUCCCAGGGCUUAACUGUCUGGAGACAAACAUACCUGCAUGCGCACAAGCCGUUAUCAGCUUACAGCAGCAAUAUGAUCCCUGAAUCCAACAUAU